AUGCAGAUUUGGGGCAAUAUAUUUGCUCACAUUGAGCUUCCCCUGGGCGCAGACCGUCCGAAAGAGGAGAAAUUCUGGUUUAGCCCCCCUGAGGGAGUCCCACCUGUGCUUGAAGAAGACGAAGUAUGGCGUCUUUUCUUCGCGACCAUGGCGCCGUGGGAGGUGGAAGAAAUUGCCUGUUUCUGGAGACAUUGCUACCAUCGAUGGGCGGAGCCAUAUUUUGAGGCAUCCGACAACCUUUUAUCUUACGGUGUUACUUUUAUCUGCGAUAUGCCGCCCGACGAGAAACCUCCCUUAACACGUUACUGGGACGAUUGUGACGAUCUCAAAUGUAGAGAAGACGACUGUAGAGAGAGUCUAGCCUGCAUGGGACCGUCAUUUCUCGUCAAAAUGCUUCGUGAGCGGAACUUCCGGGCUCGGCGAGACCUAGUCCUCGCAAACGCCAUAAGUUGGCAUCACUUCUUCCACGAAUAUUGGCCAAGGCCGGAUUCUGAAAUGCCAGGAGCGUUGCCCCUUCUCUACCCUGCAGAUAAAUUCAACUUUGGCACGGACUUUGAUGGACUCAAGGAGUUUUUGAACACCCUGCCGCCGCAUGAACGACCUAAUGUUGCCUGGGCUCAGCUCUGGCUGGGAGCAGGGCUGGACUACCCAGACGUGUUUGUGGAUAUGUUCUGCUAUGGCGGACCUUCAUCGUGUUGGGACUGGGGUUUUGCUUUAUGGAGUGACGAAAGGCUGAUUGAAUGGGGAGCACUGGAUCAGCCCAGUCUCAGGAGAGACGUAUACACAUCGUAG